AUGAUGAAAAGCUAUUUAUCGGAGGAAGAUAAAUUGAAGUUAACCAUAAAAAAAAACUACUUGCUGAGAGAUGCCAUUAGGACGAAAAUUUUGAACGACCUGAAUAGGUUGUCGUACCUUUGCUCAGAUGAGAAAGACGAGCUGAACAGAAGGGAAAGACAAAAGCAGGGAUUCAUCGGGGAGAGCUUGGAGUACUUUCCCGAAUUCAAGGUAGAGAAGCGGCCCAAGCUAGAGGAAGAUGAAACGACGGUGACGAGAAACAGGAGGCUUCUGCAAGUGGGCCUGUUUGAGCAUUUGAAAAAAGCCAAGGAUGCCCUGGAACAGGAAAAAAGCAAUGAAACGGUCAUCAGGCAGCAAAUGCAAAAUAAAAGAGUGGAACAAAAAUUACAGGAAGAAAAGAAAAAAUUUGAAAAAUACCAACUUGACUAUAUAGAAGAAAAAAUCAUUACACACAUUAAAGAAAUAAAAAAUGUGGACUCUCAGAUAAAAACAGACGAAGCGAAGCUGAUGAAAUUAAAUUUAAUUAAUCAUUAUGAGAAGAUGAAGAAUUUCAUAAGUACCAAUUGCCAGCCAACUAUUUUUUGGUGCCCUUUUAAAUUUGACUCCAAAACGGAAAUGCUGCAAAAGGAGACGGACAAUUUUAUUAGAAAAAAAAUCGACGCAAUUAAGGAAUCGAAUUAUGAGGUGGACUUUCAGGAAGAGCCUUGGCUGCGCCAGUUUCAAAACUUAAAAGAAAUGGUGCGACGACGCAACGGGGCAGCGGGAGAAGAGACGGUAGAGAAGGACGCGCUGGAGCACGCAGAGGAGGCAGACGAGGAAUCAAAGCAAGACGAUGAGAACGAGGACAACGGGGAAGACAGGGAACACCUCGCGAGAGAGAAAUCCCCCAAUGGAAGUCACUACACUGAUGAGAAAGAGAAAGAGAAAGAUACGCAGGGCACCCCCAAGAAAAGCACCAGUAAUGACACCGACGUGAACACAUUCCAAAGGGGUAAUACCUUCCCUGGAGGGGGCUGUAAAGGCAGUGACGAAUUUUACCCCGACAGCAUUGGCUAUGAGGACUUGAAAUGUAGGGAGGCGCGCGAGGCAAACGAGGCGCAUGGCGCGGAUGGAGCAGGUGAGCCAAACGAGACCAUCGAGCUGGAUGAAGCGAACGAUACGAUCGAACUGGAUGAAGCGAAUGUGACGAACGAAGCGGACGAGGCCAACGUCACGAAUGAAACGGAUGAGGCCAACGUCACGAAUGAAACGGAUGAGGCCAAUGUGACGAACGAAGCGGACGAGGCCAACGUCACGAAUGAAACGGAUGAGGCCAAUGUGACGAACGAAGCGGAUGAAGCCAAUGUGACAAAUGAAACGAUCGGUGACAAUGACGCCCAGGGGGAAGACGCCGACGCGGUUGAGAAAAAUGCGGGGAAAAAAAAAAGGGGAAGGCCCAAAAGAAAAAGGAGGUGA